AAAGUAGUGGAUGCUACAGCUGGUUGAAUUGCCAGACCGUUUCCAAAAUCAUAUCCAGCUGCUUGAGUAACUGCUUUUUGGCGUACAAUAAGACAAUUUUAGUCACACUCAGGUUGUCUUUUGCGGCUGUGAGAAGUGAAGUCGACAUCAAGAAUGUCUCAGGAAAUGGUGAAGAGGAGUGGGUUCCAUCAGCUUGUGGAGAUGUACAACAUGCAGAAACAUCCAGAGGGAGGCUGGUAUAGAGAGUCCUUCAGGUCUGCCGUCCAUUUUCAGACUACAGAGGAUCGCAAAGAUGGCACUGAGUCCAGCGCCGCCACAGUUUGUUUCUACCUGCUGCCGGAAGAUGUUCCGUCUACCUGGCGCCGACUAUCGUCAAAAGACGAAAUAUGGCUGUACCAAGAUGGCGGCUGUCUCAAGAUUCAUAUGAUUGGUGCAGACGGCAUUUACUCCUCCGCUAUCCUGGGAAGCUCUCUCGAGCACAGAGAGGCCAGCUAUGAAGUUCUCGUGCCGGCCGGGGUUUGGUGUGCAGCAGAAGUAAUGCACGGCGGCAAAUUUACGCUCGGCAGCAUGGUUGUUGUACCAGGUUUUGACUGGAAGCGUUUGGAGCUGGGCCAGGAAGAAGAACUGGUGACGUCAUUUCCUCAUCUGGCCGGCAUCAUCAAACCGUUUUGCAAACAUUAGAUUAUAAUUAGCUUAUAAUAUGCUGUUCUUAUGAACGUUUAUCUGUGACGGCAACCGAUCUAGUAGAAAUUGUACACGCUGUUUCCGUACACAAAGUAAAACACUUAUCAACAAGCUUUUAAUCAGCCCCUAGCCGUUCUGGUCACAUGACACGAGGUUGGUUCAUUCCAACUUGAAGAGGAUCGAAGGACUUAAUGGACCCUUUUGGGUAAGCGCUUUACUUUGGGUACGGAAAGAGCGUGUGUUUUUUUUACAACGUUAUAUGCCGCUUUCCUGAAAAACAUGGGCAGAGAAGAGAACUUUGUUAGAGGUUGUCGGGCAAUGCAGUGGUAAAAGAUGCUAGUUGAGCAACAUCUUUGCCACGUCCAAAAUUUAUAUAUUUUAAGAUCUACAUAGAACUUGCUAAUGUUACCAUAGAGACAUUAGGUCAUAACGAGUAAAUUUUAUAGAUGAUAGGUCAGCACCAGCCUUGAUUUUCUCUUGAUUUUGAAAUAAGAAUAAGAAAUUUCGGAGAUGGUCGACUUAAUAUUGUAGAAUCGACCCUAGUCGUGGUAGCAUUGAGUGUAGUUUUAGACACUAGUUCGGUAACGUUAGUUGUAGAAGCGGCACUAGAGGUGACACUAGGCUACCACACUGAUAUCACCUUGUGAAAGGAGGGUUUAAACUCCUUGCUUUGUGCAGUUUGAUUGUGAAGAUAGGAAUAAAAGACUAAAAGAUCGUCUGUGUGUGA